UUUGCUCGGAGCAGUCCAUCUUGCUUCUCGCUCGUGAGCGCUGUAGCUGCCUCCUCCAGCGCGGUGCUGUUGUUGUAGUAAAUAAUGGCGGCAUCGGGAGGUGGGCUCUCUCCCCCCGCUAAUGUAGCGGGUCUGAACAUCCAGACUAUGGCCAAGGCUCGCUUCCCGGGGCGGCCUGGCACGGCUCGCAGCAGGCUGCGGGCGGAGAAACGCACCAAACGCGGACGGCUGGGCUCAGACGACGGGGAGCAGGCUGUGGCCGGGCCGAGGCCCGUAAACAUCGGGCUGGCGUUUAGCGAGGAUCCGUGCCUCCUGCGCCUGCUCGGGGUCACCGAGAAGCACGGACGGCAGAAAGAUGCAGGCUUCAUCUCCAGCAACAGUGAAGGGGAGGACGAUUUCACUGGAUUUGGUACCACAACUUUGCCCCAUUCACCUUUGGGCCAGUCACAGUCUCCACAACCUGCAGACAUGUCUCCAGGAUCAAAACCUCUUCUUGGAAAAAUUGUACAGAAAACGGCCAAACCUGCUGUUGUUGGUAAAAUUGUGCCCAGGUCACGUAAAGACAGUGGUACAGAGAUGGUCAAACAGCCAGUUGGAUUGGACUCAGGUAACAGUGCAACGUCAGCAGCAUCCAUCAGAAGCCCCGGUAACAUGCAAAACCAAACAGCUAUUACCUCAACUGGAAGGAAAUCAAAAACAGUCCCAGGUGUGAGGCAUAAAGACCGAGAUUCCAAGUUUGAGGAAAGUGAUGAAACGACAGAUGAGGAGACUGAGACUGAGACAGAGACAGAGCAGCAGAGCCCUGAUGCCAGAAAGCGAGGAGUUUUGCCUAUUCACAAACAAAAGGGGAGAAGAGGGGGUAAAGACUCAGGUGCAGAAGAUGAUAAAUAUGAGGGAGAAGAGAAGGAAGUGAAAGCACCUCAUCAUUUGGCUUUGUUAAAACGAAAGAAGUCCAGAUCCAAAAUGAUUUCGAGACCCUCAAAACAUGUCCAGAAAGCAGCAAGUGUCCCAGGAGAGCGUCGGCCACGUCAGAAAAACAAGUUUUUUACAUAUGAACUGGUGCCCGUUAAAACGGAUAGCACACCACAGCUCACCCCAGGACAGGCUGAAGCUAGCUCUAACAAUUCAACACCUCUGACUGCAAGUGGUAGGUCUUCACGCGUUAUCAAAAUCCCUAAAAGGUUUUUGGAAGAGGAUAUAACGCCAACACGAAAGAGGACUUACAGAGUUGAGGCUAAAUUAGGAUUCGAGGAAAAUGUUAUGACAGAAGUCAGCGAUUCACAGUCUGGAUUGGAGAGUCCAUUUUCUCACGUGAAAUCGCCAACUAAACAAAGUACGGGAAGCAGUCAGGACAUCUACAAAAAUCUGAAAAAGUUGACAUCACAACUGGCUGAAAGAAAGAAAGGUGUGUCUGAAACUGAGGGGGAAUCUUUAGCGGAUGGUGAGGAUUCGGCUAAAAAGAAAAGGAAGAGAAGGUCCAAGAUUAAAAUGGAGGAGAUAGACAGUCCUGGAGCCAUAAGGAAACUGGCUGUGUCUGUCGAUGCGAGUGUGGGAGUGGCCACCACUGACCUGAUGGUUAAAGAAGAAGUACCUGUCAUGGAAGGUGAGGUUACAGUGGCCCACACCAUAGAGGGGGCGGAGGUGAGUGGAGCGGGCCAUAGAUUCGGACUCAGUGGCGCCAACAAGAGGAUGCUCCAGAGGAUGCUCCGAAAAGCCAAAGUCCAACUCAUCAAAAUCGACCAACAGAAGCAGCUCAAAAUAACACAGGAGUCACUGAUGGCAGCCGGGGGAAGAAGGCGGAGAAGAAAACAUGGCCUCCACUCUAAAGAAUAUGGACCACAGGAGCAACCCCUGGCUGGUCCAAGGAUCAAGCACGUGUGCCGAGCAGCUGCUGUGGCUUUGGGGCAGCCACGCGCGAUGGUUCCAGACGACAUCCCUCGACUCAGCGCUCUGCCACUUCACGAGAGGGAGGGCAUCUCCUUCUCCCCCACAACCGAAGGUGCGGUGGAGGACGAUGAUGAGCUGUCAGACCCGGACGCCGCUCAAUGGGUGCCAGCACAGGAGCACAUCCCACUGAAGAGGAGGAGCAGGAAGAAGAAGUUUAAGAGAAAGGUCCAGUCCCGGUACAUCGCAGGGGGCAGCCGAUCGAGGCGCUGUGGCGAGUGUGAGGGCUGCCUUGUGGAGACGGACUGUGCCAAGUGCGCCAUGUGCCUGGACAAGCCCAAGUUUGGAGGAUUCAACAUCAAGAAGCAGUGCUGCAUAUACAGAAGAUGUGAUCGCAUUGAAAAGGCUAAACUUGCACGCAUUCUCAAACCAUACAAAAUUAAGUCAAAAGAAUAUGUGGCUCGCGUUGCUCGUUCAUUGGUGCCGGUUGAAGAAAAAAAGAAAUCUUUGCGAAACGUGAAGCGACGUUCAUUUAGCAACCUACUCUCAGACGAGGAGGACCCUGGGAACGAGGAGAACAAAAGCAAGGCCACGAACAAGACCAGCGCCAGGAACCAAGGCCUCACUUCUCAGGAUGGCGAGUUUCUGCCAGACGCUGAACCCCUGAAACAUCGCCGACUUUUCACUAAAGGAUUCAAACCUCGUUCUAAUAAGGAACAACCAGAGAAAAGCGUCGAAGGGAUGGAGAGCAGUUUACCUCAACCAGACCAGAGCCCUCCCAGGAUCCCCAUGCCGAAACUUCAAAUACACUUGCACCGAUUGCCUGACUCUGUCCUGCAAGCCUACGCCCAGGCCAGCCCCAAACUGUCAUCACCUCUAACAAAAUCUCCUGACCCUCCUUCUCCCCAAGUGAAUGGAAAGAGCCCUACAAGCCCAUCAUCAUUGCUUCCGGAUCAGUUGCCUGACCCUAUCUCGCAAUCUCCCACUCAGGCUGAACCCAAAUGUGCUUCUCUUCCGACAAAAUCUCCAGCCUCUCUUUCAGCUCUUCCUAUAGAACUGUGCUCUACAAUUUCAAAAUCGGCUACAUUUUUAACCACUGUAACAAAAACAAAUCCUCACUUUUCAUCUUGGCUUAUAAAAGAUUCCUCUACAAGUACACCAUCAAAACUGCCCUUGGACUCAUUACCUGCCUCUGUCCUAGAAUCUGAUGUAUCAUUGAAACUGCAACAGCCACAGUCAGUGGAUAAUAUUCAGGCUGAUACCAUAUUGUCACCAACAAAAUAUCCUACCUCUCUUUCCCUCCAAAUGCCUGGAAAAAGCCCCAUGAGUCCAACUUCCACCCUCAUUAUUCAGUUGAACCGAUUGCCCGACACUGUCCUGCAAUGUGCUACUGAAGCUACUGAAACAUCACCACCUUUAGCAUCUCCUGUCCCUCAAGAAAAUACACAAACUCCACUCCCCAAACUCUUGGACUCUACUAACCUUUCAUUAUCCCAUCCAACCCCCCCUUUUCAAUCACACUCUCCACGGGACAUAAAACAUUGCAACAGCACGCCAAAAAUACGACUGUCCCGGUUGCCUGAGUCGAUUUUGCACAGUAGUUUGUCAUUCCCCCCUGAGUGGUCAGAACCAAGAUCGUUUCACUUGUCACCUUAUUCAUUUCGACCUCCAAAAAGACAUUGCACCAGUUCAGAAGAAUGUUCCGGAAAUUCACAUUCUGCGAAAAAAUCAAUGCAUUUGAGAUUGCACCGAUUACCCAACACUUUAGUCCAAGCAUCUUUGCACAAACCUACGCCACUUCAAAAAGACCAAAAAAAAAACUUCAAUUUUAGUGCUCUGAAAGCCCUUGUGUGUUCUCGUAUUUGUUAUCCUACCACUCCAAAAUGCAAGGACCAAAAAACUUUAAAUGUGAACGACAAUUUUCCGAACACUGCUGCACCUGUCCCAUCUCACACUAUUGAAGUGCACACUGAAACGUCAAAGGGGACACAAAUGGAGCCAAUGGACAAUCGUGGAGAUGGAGCUAAAGAAGAUGGAGGCGCUUUUUUAGGACAGAUGACAGUUGUGAGACACUGUCACAACACUGACGCACACUAUUUCCUUCGUCCCCAGAAUCCUUUGGAGUACGCCUCCUUGAACGGGUCGGGGUUAACUAAUGGAUUUUCCCUAAAGGCCCCAUUGCAGACCAAGCACAAGAUUCGAGUGGACUUCAAGGAGGACUGUGCUCUGGAGAACGUGUGGCUGAUGGGGGGCCUCAGUGUCCUGGCUUCUCUCCCAAAUACACCUCAGCCAGUCUGUCUGCUCUGUGCCAGUCAAGGACAACACGAGAUGCUUUACUGCCAGAUCUGCUGUGAGCCUUUCCACAGUUUUUGUUUAUUACCUGAAGAGCGCCCCCAAGAGGAGAACAAGGAGAAUUGGUGCUGUCGACGCUGCAAGUUUUGUCACGUGUGCGGACGUAAAAGCAAAUCCUCAAAGCCUGUUUUGCAGUGCAGGCGAUGCCAAACCUCAUACCAUCCUUCAUGUUUAGGACCAACUUAUCCCAAACCUUUGAACUGUGACGUGCCCUGGGUGUGCAUGACUUGUAUUAGAUGUCAAAGUUGUGGCGUGACCCGGGGGAAGACGUGGGACUUGGCCUGGAACCAAAAACAGGAUCUCUGUCCUGACUGCACUGCAUUGUAUGAGAAAGGAAACUUUUGCACCAUCUGCCAAAAAUGCUACGAAGACAACAGCCAACAUGAACAGAUUCAGUGUUCAAAGUGCAACCGCUGGAUUCAUGCAAAAUGUGAAGGGAUUUCAGAGGAACUGUUCGAGUUAUUUUCAAGCCUAGCGGAGGAGAUGCCUUUCACCUGUUCUCCGUGCAAUACACCUGAGGGCAGCAGUCUGAAGGGGGCGCUCCAGAGUAGGCUCACAGCUCAGCUCCAAGAAGUGCUCACAGACCUCCUCUCCUCCAGCACCACUCAGCAUCUCCUAAUCUGUAAACGGUGCUACGAAUCCCAGCCUCCAGAAUACAACAGGGGUCAUUCAGUCUGUGAUCUUCAAGCUGUGGAGAAGAAAUUCAAAUCUGCUGUUUAUGACUCAGUUAAAACCUUCCAUGCCGAUGUGGCUUCUGUUUUGAGGAAGUGGCAAAAGGAGGAAGAGGCGCUUCCUGAGGAUCAAAGACGAACCAGCGCAGCCAAAGAUCAUUAUGUCAAAUUGAUGGAACGGAUAUUUGUUUGGUUUCCUCAGAGUCAUCUAAAAAACUGCAACUCAUUUUCUGAACAAUAUCCAAGUGGUAUGCUCCCUGAGGCCGUCCUCCCACCAUCCAAAGAGCACAGCUAUGCACAGUGGAUGGAGAGGUCAUACCAGCAGAGGGCGCCACUCUCAAACCUGUCCACCCUGGCUCUUCAAACACGAGGUUUCGUCCAUGAUCAUGAGUACAAUAAGACAAAAGAUGGGAGACAGUGUAUGCUGUGUCAACAAAGUGGUGAUGCUGCUCCAUGUGACCAAGGCCGGCUGUUGUACAUGGGGCAGAAUGAGUGGGCUCAUAUAAACUGCUGCCUGUGGUCUGCAGAGGUGUAUGAGGACAACGGUGCUCUGCUGCAAGUCCACAGUGCUGUCUCUAGGGGGCGCCACUUGCGGUGUGAUCGUUGUGGUCAGUCUGGAGCGACAGUGGGCUGCUGUCUGAUGUCCUGCCAAAGUAACUUCCACUUCAUGUGCGCUCGAAUUGAGAACUGUGUCUUUCAGCAUGACCGCAAAGUCUACUGCAACAGACACAGGGAGCUCAUCAGUGACAAGGUGGUGGAGGAGUUUGAAGUGCCUCGCAGAGUUUAUGUGGACUUUCACGGGAUUAAUCUCAAAAGAAAGUUUCUGACUGGCCUCGAACCAGAGUCCAUCAACAUGUCAAUUGGCUCCCUUCAGAUCCACAAACUCGGUGUUUUAACAGAGCUCUCAUCAAAUGGAAGAGCGCUGUAUCCAGUUGGAUAUCAAUGUUCUCGGUUAUACUGGAGCACCGUGGACCCGCGGAGGCGCUGUAAGUACACAUGUAAAGUCACUGAGGUCAGCACACCGCUCCCCGGUGAAGAACAAGAUGCUAAGUUCGACCAAGGAGAAAACCACACUAUCAUCCACAGCCCAAACCACCACAGAGAUCUGGAGUCCAUGGAGUGUGAAAGUUACCCAGUUAGUCCUGUCAAGUCCAGUACACCCUCCCCUAAAAUGCACAAUACAUCUGGAUCUAAGAGUCCAAUCUACCCACACGCACGGAGACCAGCCGGGGGAUCGUCCAGGCCUUUACCAUCGCCAGGGACAGCACCACCCAAACCUCAUCACAUUGUCACACUUCGGGACCUGGAGGACACACGUCGUACUCGCCGUCUCUCAUCCCGGAGUCGCUGUAGCUCCUCCCCCUCAGAUACUGACCCCUCCGCCCCCGCCGCCCACCGCUCCGGGGGUACCAGAACCUCCCUCUUCAGCUCCCCUCCGCGCUCAGCUGCCAUCGGCACCCUCUCACCGCCACUGUCUCGCCAAAACUCUACCUCACCGGUGUGGGGCUCUCCGACCACAUCCGGUUUCUCACCUCAUCGUGGGUCCCUCAGUAACUCUCCAAAAGGAAGGCAUAGCUUUAAAAUCACCACUCCUGUUUCAGCAGAGGUCCCUCAAGACUUUCUGGCUUCAUCCGAGGCAGAAGAUGCAGCGGUCGCAACUACAAACGGGAUUUCACUUGCCCCUGAUAACUUGGAGGAGGAAGUUGCACAGUUAAUGUCUCAAGAAUUGCCCUAUACAGUAUUUGACACAGAUGUAGCAGUGGACUCGAUGUUAAACGCUAAGCUUGAGUUUGACGAUAACUUGCUAUCAGAAAAUAUGGCAUUUAGCUGUCAAACCAACAAGGGGGAAGGUGAGACUGUCAAGCAGGGAAACGAAGCAGAGGAUGACGAUUCAAAACGUUACAUAAAGUUUUCUCGAACUGUUGUUGAUGUGCCCUCCAGCUCAGAUGCCCCUAAUCUUAACCCAGCUCAGUCUAUCAUGCAGCUAGAUGGGGCCGAUGGGGAGUCUGACAGUGAUGGUAGCGAAAUUAUGGACAAAGAGACCCAAUCUGCAGCUAUUAAACAACUGGAGUCAAUCUACAGUGGAUCACAAAGUUCAAGCAACCAGCAGCCCCUCACGCCCUCUUCAGUUUUUGAUAACAAUGUCCUCCUUGACGCAGAAACGGGGCAUUUCACAUCUGCAUCAAAAAACAACGCAGAUGACGAUGAUAGCAGCACUAGCUCUUCUGACGAAUCUGUUGAAGGUUUUAAAGAUGAUUUGAAAGAUCCUGAUUACGCCCCAGAACUUCCUAGCCCCCCUAAAAAACUGCAACCCCCAGUGAAACCUAUUGCAAUAAAACAGGCUACACCUACACCCCCUCCCAGAAAGAUCAAUCUUGUUAUGCCCCAACAGCACAAAGUCAGACUGGUAUUGCCUUCUCCGUCUGUUGGAAGUUCUCCUGGAGUAGCUAAAGUGGCUACGAUUGGCACUGUCCCUCGCACUGUCACCUCACCUAUUGUACUCAAUGGACUCAAUGCUUUGCCUAUUCAACCUGGUGCACCGCGGGGAAGAUCUAUCGCUAUCCGUUUAAACAAUACAAAACCACUAGAUCAACAACAAGGCGCUACCAAUCAGGCAGCUAUGGCCAAUGCGAAUGCCACAACUCCAGCUCCUCAGGUUUUAUUAGUGAACAGACAAGGGCAAAUUCUCAUAAAAGACCCAAGAAGUAAUACAUAUCAAGCGGUUAGCACAAACUCUCCAGCGUACAACAAGAUAAGCCAGAUUGCAAAACUUCUUCAUAGCGGGAGUCCUUUACAACGCAACGUCCCGCGUGUUGUGAUAAGACCCCAGACUGCCACGGCAACGCCCUCCACUACUUCAGAAACUACCACCUCGAAUCAAGCUAUUGCAGUGAGCUUGCCUACCCCCACAAUACCAGUUAGUUCUGUCACAGCUAUGAGCUUACCACCUCCAACUGUGUCAUUGAGUACAACAAGUCCAGCUACUAUAACUAUUCCUGCAGCCAUCACUGUCCCUUCAGCUGUGGAUAGCAGUAAUCCACUAACCCAAAAAAGGAUAGUUUUCAGAAUGGUAAAAACUGUCCCCUCUUCAUCUCCAGCCACUUCUCCUGUUACCAUCACGACUCCUGAACCCCAGCCUUCUAAAGAAGAGGACUCUGCCCAAGCCAUCAUCGAAAAGGCAAUGGCAACACAUCGUGAAGUAGAAAGGACAAAACCUAUUAUUAUAAGAAAAGGCGGACGAAAACCUAAGUCUAAACCUGAUCCAGUUGUUCAGAACGUGCCCUUUGCUUCACCGUCUGAACUAGAUCAAAAUGCCCCCCUCACUGACCCCAGUGCUAUCGCACAGACCUCAUCACGCACCCAGGUCCGAGUCAAGAGGGUGUCAUCCUUAUCUGAACGCCCGAGCAGGAAGAAAUCCAAGCUGGACUAUCUUGUAGAUGCAAGUGAUCCAGAGGACGCUGACAGUAAAUUCAGCGGUGUUCGGAUAAAGGCUCCAUCGUUGAAGGACGUGCUUGAUCUGGACGAAGAACAUAAAAUGGAACCUGACCCACUUCGAAUCGUGGCACCACCAGCUCCAAAACCCAGCAGAUAUCCCAGAGCUGAUGUGGCACCAGGCGACUGUGAUAUGGACAGUAAAACGCACAAGUGGGUGAGCUCUCGGCACGGAGACCUCACAGAGUGGGGCCCUUAUUCAGGAGUCAGUUCAGAAGAUGAGCCACCUGCCCUCAAAUUCAGAAAGAAAACAUGUAUGAACCAACCACAUCUGAGAUUUGAAAUCACCAGUGAUGAUGGCUUCAGCGUCAAAGCUAACAGUAUAGAAGUGGCAUGGCGGGCGGUGAUUGACGGCGUGCUGGAGGCGCGAGCAGACUUUCACCUGAAACAGUUGCCUCUAGGUGGGAUGAAUGGGCCUCGGGUGCUGGGUCUCCUCCAUGACGCGGUGCUCUUCCUCCUGGAGCAGCUUCAGGGAGCGGCUGACUGCAAACAGCACCGCUUCAGGUUCCACCGCUGUGAGAACCAAGAAGAAGAACUACCCCUCAACCCCAGCGGCUGUGCCCGGGCCGAAGUCUGCACACGGAAAGCCACCUUCGAUAUGUUUAACUUCCUGGCAUCGCAACAUAGAGCUCUCCCUGAGAUCAUUGGUCCCUUUGAGGAAGAAGAUGAUGAUUUUCCUCUGAAAUCUUCCAGACGAUUCACCAGCACUGAGCUCCCUAUGGCUAUGAGGUUCAGACAUCUGGAGAAAAUUUCCAAAGAGGCAGUUGGAGUUUACAGAUCUGCAAUCCACGGAAGAGGCCUUUUCUGUAAACGAAACAUUGAGGCUGGUGAGAUGGUGAUCGAAUACGCUGGAGCGGUCAUUAGAGCUGUACUCACGGACAAAAGAGAGAAAUAUUACGACAGCAAGGGCAUUGGCUGCUACAUGUUCCGCAUUGACGACUUUGACGUGGUUGACGCGACGAUGCAGGGGAACGCGGCGCGCUUCAUAAACCACUCGUGUGAGCCCAACUGCUACUCGCGCGUCAUCAAUGUGGAUGGACGCAAGCACAUCGUAAUAUUUGCCCUGAGAAAGAUUUACAGAGGAGAGGAGCUAACCUAUGACUACAAGUUCCCCAUUGAGGAUGAGGACAGCAAGCUGCACUGUAACUGUGGGGCCAGGAGGUGCCGCCGAUUCCUCAACUAAGCUCAAGUUUAGCCAUCAUUUCUGCACUAGAACAAGAGUGGAGGAGCAAAUGAUGUGAUGUUGCUAUGAAUUUCAAUUUGACAACGCAUGCAGUUGGGUCCACUGACUGUACAGUGACCAGUUUGCAGUUACGCAGUCAAACCUCAUCAGAUGUGGUGGUCGAAUUUUCCAGUUAUAGCCAUUUUUUAUUUAUUUGUAUUUAAAAUGCAAGUAUGAAGAGAUGGUCAACCAACAAAAUUAUGUACAACCUGGUUUACUGUGGAAAUGGCUGAAAAGGAUGAUAGUACACCAAAUUCAAACAUGGGUCUCUUUACUGUGAAAAAUUGUCAAAUAAGGAAACCGUGUUAUCAAUAUAUGCAUAAUAAGUAACUGAUUCAACUUUUACUGGCUUGCAACAACGAAAUAUCCCAUUGCUGUGAUUCCCAAACUUGGCAGCAGGUUAUUGUACAAUUUCUCUAUAGAUAUAUAAAGUCAUAUACUAAAACCACAUCAUUCACAAGGCUAGAAUAAUCAAAAAUGUUUCAAAUUUAAUUAAGCUUUGAAAGGAAAGUCAUACUAGCUAAUAUCACUGUAGUAUAUUCUCAAAUUGCACUGCAGAAAGACUUAUAAAUAAUAUUGUGGACAAAAUUAAUGGGAAUAUAUUGGGCAUCUGAUCCCGUCCUUUUUGCGUAAAGUUUAAUUCACAUAAACAAAUGGUCAACACCACUUUGUGGAGCAGCUACAUUUUACUAUCACCGCAGCAUACAAUGGUGAUUUCAGUCUUAUCCUGUUCAUAGUUUUAAAAAUGUGCAUUUUUCAAGAAAAGUAGAACUAGUUUUAAACCAGUCAAAUCCUGUUUUCCGCAUUAGUUAUUAAGUUCAUUGUUUUUAUUUGUGUGUCUCGCUUUUAUUCCACUAUCACAGUUUGUUGAUAACUUUUGCUGUUUGUGUAUUUAAUGGUCUAUGAGGGACAGAGCCUCAGGGCGGAUUCAAAAAUAUAUAUAAUGUAAAUGCCACAGUCCCAUGUUUUUGUAUUUUUGUAUAUUAUGAACAAUAAAUGUAAAAUUAACACACUUUGAAGGAAAUAAAUGAGUUGAGCUUUUA